CGCCCCUUCUUGGCGCAGACCUGUCUUUAUGAAGUACGUCGCCCUACUCAGCGGCGGCAAGGACAGCUGCUUCAAUCUUCUACACUGUGCAAAAAAUGGCCAUGAAUUGGUCGCAGCCGCAUCUCUUGGUCCCGAGCCUGGAAAAGAGGAACUCGACUCAUAUCUGUACCAGACAGUAGGCCAGGAUGCCAUCGAGAUCGUUGCACGCGCGUUGGACGUACCAUUGUAUCGGAGAGUCAUCCGUGGAAGCGCCGUGGAACAGGGAGCUGAGUAUGGCGGCCGCAAUUCGAAAGGUGGUGUGGAUGGCGAUGAAACCGAGGAUCUGUACGAGCUACUGACUUCUGUCAAGUCCCAUCAUCCCGACAUAACAGGUGUAUCGGUUGGCGCUAUUUUGUCCAAUUACCAGAGAGUAAGGGUAGAACAUGUAUGCCGUCGUCUUUCUCUUUCCGCACUUUGUUAUCUGUGGCAGAGACCCCAGGACGAACUUUUAUCGGAAAUGAUUGACGCCAAGAUAAAUGCCGUUCUGAUCAAGGUCGCUGGUAUUGGACUUUCCAGAGAACAUCUAGGGAAAUCGCUGGGUGACAUGAAGCCUCUACUAUUCAAGCUUAACGAAAAGUACGGAUCUCACAUAUGCGGUGAGGGAGGCGAAUAUGAAAGCUUGACACUGGACUGUCCUCUUUUCAAAAGUCGCAUUUCUCUCUUAGAAACCGAAGUUGUCAUACAUUCAGACAAUGAUUUCGCAACCGUCGCAUAUUUGCGAGUGAAAAAUGCCGUUCUCCUGCCAAAAGAUUCGACAACGAUGAAUGUACUCGUACCUCCAUUGUUGAUCAGCCCCAUAUACACCAACAUCUUGCAUACUAUCACGUCCAAAGAAUCAUCAUCAUUAUCGCGUUCAAUAUCCUUGGAUACUCCAGUAGAUUCCAAGACACAGUGCGAAUUUGGUAUUUUGUCCGCAAGAGUGGGUCCUUGGAUAACCGUGAGCAACGUGCAAAGCCAGAAUCCGGACAAUGUCAUCAUUGAAGAGGAGGUUACAGAGUGUUUCAACCUCCUUCAAGACCAACUCACACGACAUGCUGUGCAAUUAUAUCAAUGUACAAAUAUAAACAUUUUUGUUUCUUCCAUGGAUCUUUUUGCUCGAAUUAAUGCAGUAUACGCGACAUUUUUCGGUACUAGCCCGCCGGCUAGGGCGUGCGUCGCUGUAGAUCUUCCUCGUCCCAGGCGCCUCAAGAUAGAUUGUAUUGCCUUCGCAGACAAAUCUCCAGCAGACCGACAAGCUUUACAUGUUCAAAGUCUUAGUUAUUGGGCACCCGCAAACAUAGGUCCAUAUUCUCAGGCUAUUAUUUCUGAUGAAAGGGCAUUCAUAUCAGGUCAAAUUGGGUUAAUUCCACCAAGUCUAUCCAUGCCUUCCCCGUCUUCUUUAGCCGUAGAGACCGUGCUUUCUAUACAACACGCUGAUCGUAUCGUCGCCGCUCUCAAAGAAAAUUCGAACUGGAUGGGACACUGUCAAGCGACCAUCUUUUGGUUAUCUAAUACCAGCUACCUUGAUUUGGUUGCGGUGGCUCAUGAACUACACGAGAAAUAUAUAGGCUCCGGAUGUCCUGCGAUAUAUGCGGUGAUUAAGUCCAUCCCCAAAGAUGCCCUUGUCGAGAAGCAAGUCCUAUUUCACACCGGCCGGUGCUUAGUGCGCGAUGAGUAUGACGAUGAAAUGGUUUACGAGAAUCAAACGCCGGUGUUAAUCAUUGGUGGCGUGGACUUCACCGCAGAUGACUCGGUUUAUUGGGAAAUUUCUCGGUUUCAAGACAGCCUUUCAUCCUGUGUCGUGGUCAGUGUCCGCGGAAGAGCAAAUGAAGCUGUCGCCAAGACACUGAAAAACAAUUCUUCCCUGACCUUCUGUUGGCCACGCAUUUUGUCAAUACGCUUGUUUUAUAUCCAUUCACGGGACACUUACGCGGAUUCACUGUUGCAGAGCCUUUUUGGUUCAACAAGGUUACCCCCAAUUACAAGCAUUCCGUGUCGAUUUCUAUCAUCUAGACGAAGAGACAAUUGCGAUUUCGUACUUUGUUUAAUUACCGCGUAGACAGGCCAAGAAGACUACGCCACAUUACGAAUUGAUCAAUACUCAUAAUUUAUUCAACUGGGGAGGACGAGGGAAACCUGAAAAAUGAGGCGCCGUAGCACUAGUACACACAGCCUAAGCAUCAAAGCAGUAUCUUCGUAUUAUGCCUAAGAAAACAGAGCCAGCCUAGCUGAAAGAAGACAUAUUUUUAAUAUUUGUGAAGGAACACAUCUACCGUUAUCAGGGGAUUAGAGAGACUAGGGAAUAGCAUUGCAUACACUGCAUCGUUCGAUGAGGUAUGUUAAUAGUAGUAGUCCAUACAAAACAAGUCAAGGCAUGCAUUUAUCCAAAGACUAAGUCAACACACCAGUUCAGCGCGUAUAUAUUCAUACAGCUCAAAGAUUUACGCAGCCUCAGUCGUUUGAAGCAACUUCAUCUCUCCGAGUCUCCGCCUCAUCGCCUUCUCUGUAGGAGUCGGAGGCACCAUCCGGGCGAUCAU